GCUUAUUUCUUAGGACCCAUUCAAUAACUUCUUUGAGAAAUGGCUUCAGGAGCUGCAGCCUCCAUUGCGUUGUUGCUCACUCUCAACCUCCUCUUCUUCACUAUGGGGAGCGCUGCGACUUGCCCUGUGGAUGCCCUAAAGUUCAAAGUAUGUGCGAAUGUGUUGGGUCUAAUUAAGAUCCCACCAGAUGCACCUUGCUGCAGCCUCAUUGCUAAUCUUGUUGACCUUGAAGCUGCCCUUUGCCUUUGCACUGCCAUCAAAGCUAAUGUCUUGGGCAUUAACCUCACCAUACCCGUCGACUUGAGCUUGGUGCUCAACAACUGCGGCAAAAAGGUUCCAGAAGGAUUCCAGUGUCCAUAAUUGUUUCUUACCGUCGUAUAUUUGUUUCAGCAUUGAUAUUUUGGAUUGUUUUGUUAUCAACACUUGUACUAAACCAAUAACUUCUUAGUGUUACUCUUUGUAUCGAUGCAUGGAGAAGGCUUUUUGCCUUCUUCAUCAUCGCCAGUAUUCCUUUUUCUGAUAAGCAAUAAUUUGCAUUCCUUCAUUGUCAACACUAGUGUUGAAUCCCAGUAAUAAACUAGAUACAUUAAAUAUGUUUUG